UAUUUUUGUGGGACACUCUAAUAAAUCCAACAACGAGGCACGAUUCCAAACAAAGUUUCUUCCUGGUGAAUUUUCUGACCAUAAACAGGUAAUUAUUGCCCAAAACAUCCACAUCUCUACCAUCCUGUCCAUGCUUGAGAAAUCCUCGUGGAGGAAGACCCUGCGAAUCAUUUGGAUUUCAAUAAGAACAAAACGCUACGCCCGGAUGACGGAUUGUGGGGAUUUUGUGCCUGCAAAAGCACGUGGGAUGACAAUUCUGGACAGAAGUGUCUUCCAGCAGACAGUUUGUGUUCCCCAGUUGACCAUUGAAGCUGCCCACUUGGCAAAAGUACUCCCAAUUUUGAGGAAAAAACUACUAAAACUCGAGCAUUUGCGUCCAGUUUCUGGGCAAGAUCCCAAGACUAUCCUCCUUCAUCCAGGGCAUGUGAAAUCCUGGGAGGAUGUGAAAGCACUGGAAGAAGUGAAAAUCCUCCCGGGAGCACUAAACUUCCGGGAAAUUGUAGUUUCCUAUGAGAAUUUCAAGUCAGACGAUAUUUUUCGGGCUGUUCUUCCGGAUGGGCAGGAGAAUCUCUCAUCCUUCUCACGCAUUGGACAUAUUGUGCAUGUAAAUCUCAAGGAGCACCUUCUCCCCUAUCGCCGGCUCAUUGGGGAGGUUUUCCUGGACAAAAUUCCCAAUUGCCGGGCAGUUGUGAAUAAGAUUCAGACAAUUGACAGCAAAUUCCGGAACUUCCAGAUGGAAUUGCUAGCCGGUGAGGAGGAUUACAAGGUGGAAGUGCGUGAGAAUGGGUGUGUGUUUGAGUUUGAUUUCGCAAAGGUUUACUGGAAUCCCCGGCUGGCCAGUGAGCAUGAGAGAAUUGUUAAAUCCCUAAAGCCUGGAGAUCAUUUCUGUGACGUAUUCGCCGGUGUGGGGCCUUUUAGUGUUCCAGCAGCGCGGAAAUGUCACGUUCUGGCGAAUGAUCUCAAUCCUGACAGCUUCCAAUGGCUUCAGCACAAUGCCAAGAGGAAUAAAGUUGAGAAAUCCCUGAAAGCUUUCAACAGAGAUGGCAGGGAAUUCAUCCGGAAGGAAUUGAAGGAACAUUUAAUGGAGUUCUGGAAGCUCAAUGAUCCCGAGAAAACCUUUGUGAUUGCCAUGAAUCUCCCAGCUAUGGCUGUGGAAUUCCUGGACACCUUCCCGGGGCUCUUUGCUGAUCAUCCUGAAGUGCAAACUCCCGGAAGAUCCCUCCCUGUCGUCCAUGUGUACACAUUUGUCAAAGGAGGCCCCGCAGAGGAUGCCCGGAAGGCUGCAGAAGCAAAUCUCGGGCAGGAAAUUACAAACUUCGACGGGGUGUCCUUUGUGAGGAAUGUAGCGCCCAAUAAGGACAUGUUUAGGGUUACUUUCCACCUCACAGAUGACAUCCUCUUCACCCGGAAAGCCCCAAAACGCCCCACAGAAGCUCCACAUGGGGAGACAGCAGCAAAAAUUCUCUGUAGAGAUGACCAAUAAAUGCCUCUUGGAAGAUGAAGAA